AUGCCGCGGCGGCGAGAGGGGAGGCAGCAGCGAAUAAAUGCUAUUAGAGCCGCCGCCGCCGUCGCUACCGCGCCGCUCGCUCCCGUCCCCGACGCCGCUGCCACCUUCGCCGCAGUCUCCUCCUCGGGUCACUGCCGCCGCGGCCGUUCGGGGUGGGCGCUCCGCGGAGGGAGCAAGCGCCACUUGGGUUAACUAGAGCUCCUCCGGUAGGAGCGUCGCUGCGGCUCCGGAGCCGGGGCCAGAGCGGGGCCCACAGCCCGGCCAGCGGGCAGGCGGCGAGCGAAGCUCGAGGCGCGGGCCGGGCCAGGCGGCGGUUGGCGGCCGGGGAACACCGUCCCGGGCUUGGAGCGCGGAGCGGGCGGGGGGCGGUGUCGCUUGCCCCAGGGCGGCGGGGGGAGGGCGCCCGUGGGGUGAUUCAGCGCUCGGUGGAGCGGAAGGAGGAGGCGGCAGCGCCGCGGCUGCUGCUGCUCGCUAGUGCGGGUGCCGGGCCGGCCCUCGGGAGCCUGGGCCGCCGCUGCUGAGUCGAUCCCUGCGCGUCCUAGCUAGCGGAGCGGGAGUAGCCGGAGGCGGCCCCGGGCGGGCUCGGGCUCGGGCUCCGCAACCAUGGAGAACGCGCACACCAAGACCGUGGAGGAGGUGCUCGGCUACUUCGGUGUCAACGAGAGCACCGGGCUGAGCUUGGAGCAGGUCAAGAAGCUCAAGGAGCGCUGGGGCUCCAACGAAUUGCCAGCAGAAGAAGGGAAAACCUUACUGGAGCUUGUCAUUGAACAGUUUGAAGAUUUAUUAGUUAGAAUUUUACUGCUGGCAGCCUGCAUAUCUUUUGUCCUGGCCUGGUUUGAAGAAGGUGAAGAAACAAUCACUGCAUUUGUUGAGCCUUUUGUGAUUCUACUUAUCUUGGUGGCCAAUGCAAUUGUGGGUGUGUGGCAGGAAAGAAAUGCCGAGAAUGCAAUUGAAGCCCUUAAGGAAUAUGAACCUGAAAUGGGUAAAGUUUAUCGACAGGACAGGAAGAGUGUCCAGCGGAUCAAAGCCAAAGACAUCGUUCCUGGUGAUAUUGUGGAAAUAGCUGUUGGUGACAAAGUUCCUGCUGACAUAAGGUUGACUUCCAUUAAAUCUACCACCUUAAGAGUGGACCAGUCAAUUCUCACAGGUGAAUCUGUCUCUGUUAUUAAACACACGGACCCUGUGCCAGAUCCCCGGGCUGUGAACCAAGAUAAGAAGAAUAUGCUCUUUUCUGGUACAAAUAUUGCUGCUGGAAAAGCCAUGGGAGUGGUGGUCGCCACCGGUGUCAACACUGAAAUUGGCAAAAUCCGUGAUGAAAUGGUAGCAACCGAGCAGGAGAGGACCCCCUUGCAGCAGAAGCUUGAUGAGUUUGGGGAGCAGCUAUCCAAAGUCAUCUCCCUCAUCUGCAUUGCUGUGUGGAUGAUCAACAUUGGGCAUUUCAAUGACCCAGUGCAUGGGGGCUCCUGGAUCCGAGGUGCUAUCUACUACUUCAAGAUUGCAGUUGCCCUGGCCGUCGCAGCCAUUCCCGAGGGCCUGCCCGCCGUCAUCACCACCUGCCUGGCCCUGGGCACCCGCAGAAUGGCCAAAAAGAACGCCAUUGUCAGGAGCCUGCCAUCUGUGGAGACCCUGGGUUGCACCUCAGUCAUCUGCUCUGACAAGACCGGAACUCUAACUACCAACCAGAUGUCUGUGUGUAGGAUGUUUAUUCUGGACCGAGUUGAAGGGGAUAGCUGUUCCUUGAAUGAGUUUACCAUAACUGGAUCAACAUAUGCUCCCAUGGGAGAAGUGCAUAAAGAUGAUAAACCAGUGAAAUGCCAUCAGUAUGAUGGUCUUGUAGAAUUGGCCACAAUCUGUGCCCUUUGCAAUGACUCUGCUUUGGACUACAAUGAGGCAAAAGGAGUAUAUGAAAAAGUUGGGGAAGCUACAGAGACAGCCCUCACUUGUCUGGUCGAGAAGAUGAACGUCUUUGACACGGAGCUCAAAGGCCUCUCCAGGAUUGAACGUGCCAAUGCCUGUAACUCGGUUAUAAAACAGCUGAUGAAGAAAGAAUUCACCCUCGAAUUUUCCAGAGAUAGAAAAUCAAUGUCUGUGUAUUGUACGCCAAAUAAACCAAGCCGGACAUCAAUGAGCAAGAUGUUUGUUAAGGCAACCCCUGAAGGUGUCAUUGACAGGUGUACACACAUUCGUGUUGGGAGUACCAAAGUGCCCAUGACCCCUGGGGUCAAGCAGAAGAUCAUGACAGUCAUUAGGGAAUGGGGCACUGGCAGAGAUACCCUGCGCUGCUUAGCGCUGGCCACUCAUGACAAUCCUCCCAGAAGAGAAGACAUGAAUCUGGAGGACUCGGCCAACUUUAUUAAAUAUGAGACCAAUCUGACUUUUGUUGGCUGUGUGGGCAUGCUUGACCCUCCAAGAACUGAAGUGGCCUCAUCGAUAAAACUCUGUCGGCAAGCUGGCAUCCGAGUCAUCAUGAUCACUGGCGACAACAAGGGCACAGCCGUGGCCAUCUGUCGUCGGAUCGGCAUCUUUGGGAAUGAGGAAGAUGUCACUGCCAAGGCUUUCACAGGUCGAGAGUUUGAUGAGCUGAAUCCUUCUGCCCAGAGGGACGCCUGCCUCAAUGCUCGCUGCUUUGCAAGAGUGGAGCCCUCCCACAAAUCCAAGAUCGUAGAAUUUCUGCAGUCUUUUGAUGAGAUUACAGCUAUGACUGGGGACGGCGUCAAUGAUGCUCCAGCUUUGAAGAAAUCCGAGAUUGGUAUUGCCAUGGGCUCUGGGACUGCAGUGGCAAAAACUGCUUCAGAGAUGGUGCUGGCAGAUGACAACUUCUCGACCAUCGUGGCAGCCGUCGAGGAAGGACGCGCCAUCUACAACAACAUGAAGCAGUUCAUUCGCUACCUCAUCUCUUCCAAUGUGGGGGAAGUCGUGUGUAUUUUCCUGACUGCUGCUCUAGGUUUUCCUGAGGCUCUAAUCCCUGUCCAGCUUUUAUGGGUAAAUCUGGUGACAGACGGCCUUCCAGCCACAGCUUUGGGAUUCAAUCCCCCUGACUUGGACAUCAUGAACAAGCCUCCCCGAAAUCCCAAAGAGCCCCUCAUCAGCGGUUGGCUCUUCUUCCGCUACCUGGCCAUCGGAUGUUACGUCGGAGCUGCGACGGUGGGGGCGGCUGCGUGGUGGUUCAUUGCUGCUGAUGGCGGUCCAAGGAUUACCUUCUACCAGCUGAGUCACUUCCUGCAGUGUAAAGAGGAUAACCCGGACUUUGAGGGGGUGGACUGUGCCAUCUUCGAGUCCCCGUACCCCAUGACCAUGGCGCUCUCCGUGCUGGUGACAAUCGAGAUGUGCAAUGCUCUCAACAGCUUAUCGGAAAACCAGUCCCUCCUGAGGAUGCCACCUUGGGAGAACAUCUGGCUGGUGGGCUCCAUCUGCCUCUCCAUGUCCCUCCACUUCCUGAUCCUCUACGUCGAGCCCCUGCCGCUCAUCUUCCAGAUCACGCCUCUGAACGUGACCCAGUGGCUCAUGGUGCUCAAGAUCUCGCUGCCCGUGAUCCUCAUGGACGAGACGCUGAAAUUUGUGGCCCGAAACUACCUGGAACCUGGUAAAGAGUGUGUGCAGCCCACCGCCAAACCGUGUUCUUUCCCAGCCUGCACCGAAGGGAUUUCCUGGCCGUUUGUGCUGAUCAUUAUGCCCCUGGUUAUCUGGCUUUAUAGCACAGACACUAACUUUAGUGACAUGUUCUGGUCUUGACUGUUGUAGUUUUACCUAAAAGAUGUUUAACUUAAUCAAUUAAUUUUUUUUUAUUGUUUAAAGCAACUGUCUAUUUCUGCUGAAUUUUCCCAUGAACAUGUUUGCUGGUGAAGGAGGUUUCAUACUCUAGGUUUCGUUUUGCUUUUUCUGACUCCAGUGGGGCAAGAUUUUCCUUUUUUAUACACAUAAUUAAAGUGUCCAUUGACAUGUACAGAGAACUAACACUAUUUUAUGCAAAUAUUUUUUUGUAGAUGAAAAAGCAUGUACAGUGUUCUGUCUCAUAGUCUCAUCCUUGUAUAAAGAAAUCGUUGAGCCAGCAGACAUUGUCAGCAAAUUAAUUGGCGGCAGAUUUUAGGGAAUGAAUGUGUGUGGUUUUUUCUAAAACUAAGUAGCAUGUAUUGUCUUCUGCAUGAUCACCUGGAUUUAAUUUGAUGUCACAGUCUAAUUUUUUUAUUCAUAAGCCAAUUUUUCUGCACUGAGCAGAGUACCUGCUACCUCAGUCAGUAUUUUUUGGUUUGCCGCCCUGCCCGCCCCUCACCGUCCGCACCCCCUCCCCCGCUCCCUCCUGGCUUCUUGGCUCUCGGAUGCCGAUGGUUUUGUUUACACCCGUCUCCAUGAGAGGUAGGCCUAUUCUCGCUUGUGCAGAAAACAUUGUUCCAGAUUCAAUCUCCUGGACUCAUUUCCCCCACGUAGUUUUUAAGGUUAUUUAUUUAAAUGUCUAAUGUAUUUUCUUGUAACAGACAUUGUUUUGCCAAUGUUGCCCACUUCAGCGGCACUUCAUCUAGUUUUAAAAGAAAUAAAUAAAACCUUUUAAAUGGACAGAGGAAAAGACCGGUCUCGUUUGAACUGAAGUGGCUUCGGCCGAGUUGGGACUCUAUUGGUCAGAUCAAGUCUAUUCGGUUUUCCUGCAAGGCCUUAGAGCAGAGCCUUGCUAUGGUGAUGGAGAGAGGCCGAUGCCUAGCCCAGGGAGGACGUGGGAGGGCCCGAGCGGGGUUCUGCCGGUUCUGCUCGGUGCCGGUCCGAGCCCGAUCGAGACGGAACGUCGGCUCCGGUGGUGGGCGGGGGGGUGUGCGUGUACGCGUGGGUGUGUUUUGUACAAUCUGUAAAUAGCACCUGACCAAAUGGACGUAUUGUAUAGAGCGAUUUAUGUACCGUGACACUAACCACCACCUCCUUAUUACGGCCCGUGUUUGCGCAUGUUUUCAAGUUCAGUCCGAUUCCGACAGCAUUUAAGUCAUUAACUGUCCUAACUGUGGUGUUUCUCUCCAAUGCCUUCCAACAUUCAUCAACUAAAGUGAGUAUUUUUCAUUGUUAACCAGGGGUGACUUUGCUUUAAAAGCCUGCCGCGCUCUGGGCCGGGCGGCCUCAGAGGGCAGCCGGGCCGCAGGCCGAGCGCCCACAGUGUCGCUCCUGAAUCAGCAGCUCUUAGACGUGUUACUGUGGGGAGUCGCGCUCGGCGGCUCAGCUGUCUGCGUGUGGUCCUUGUUGAGGAGGGAGAGGAGGCUCCCUGGGCUGGGUCUGGGGUGGUCCAGGAAGAGCCUCUCUCCUGGCAGCCUUCGGUCAGAGAAGAUGCUUAAAUGGGACCCAUUCCUGUGUCUGCUAUGCGGGGGAGGGGGCAUCCCAUUAUAGAGGGAGGGUCUUCUAGGUAAUGGACUGGAACACUUCAGGGGAAACCUAAAUUCCAGGAGGUGGUCCUGGGCUGCUUCUCACCCCCUGAACGAGUUUCUGCCCUUUCAGUCUGGGCUUUCCUGCCAGGCCCUCCUUCAGGGGGUGAGCCAUAGGGGCCCCUCCUCAGGACAGCAGGGGGCACCCUCGAGGCCCCUAAAGGUGGCCCAGUGUCUUUGGCCAAGGAAACCGGGUCGCCCAGCAUGUGUUCGUCACGGACCCUGUUGGUGCUCCUUGCAUCCGCUAAGGAUGGCUGACCCUCGGUCGGGUGUCCAGCUCACGGCGUCUUCCUUGUGGCCUUGGCCACCUGCCCGCGUCCCCUGCUUUGCAGCUGGCUACAGCCACGAUGCGCUGCAGGUGCCGUGGGGUCCGGGGAGGAACCCUGGAGGCCAGGCGCGUCUCCUCGGGCUCCGCCACCCUGGCCUUGCCCGCCGGAGCCCGCAGCCUGUGGCUGGGGUCGGGCCCUGGCGCUAGCUUAGAAUAACACGGAAAGGGCCAGAGAGGGAGAAGCCGGGUUUGACCUGAUCCCCGUGGGAGGAAGAGCUCGGUCUGGCGGAGGCAGGUGCCCGAGCAGGAGCCCCCGGCCCCCGGCUGCCCUCUGGGUGACGGUGAAGGCCCGCAGCGUCUCUAGGCGGGGGCGGGUGGGCAAGCGCUUGCCUUCCCUGCUCACUGCUGAUGUGCACGUCUAACCGUGAACUCUCCUCCUUCCUGUGUGCUCGUUUCACCUCCACUAACAUCUCUUGGGACGCGUUUCCUGACUGCAUGGAGCCUGGGGCCGGCUCCCUCGUGGGCUCUGGGCAGGGCCAGGCCGCCUCGUCUCUCUCUGUCACUGUUGGUCUCUCGUCCUAUUUUUGUCGUAGGAGUAACUUCUUCCUCCCCAUUUUCCUACCAGGCUGAUUUCCUCUCUCUUUCCUUUUCAGCCGUACUGGAGUAACCCGCUUCCUAAGCCAUUUUGCAGAAGUGUGAGGUUGUGUUGUUGCGUGCAUGUGCGUUUUUUAGCAACAUCUACCAGCCCUCUGCAUGUGUGAUGUUGGAAAAAAACCAAAAAAAGGAAAAAAAAAUCCCCUCGAGUUCUUGUGUGUGAUGUGGAGGACCCGCGUUACCGCCGGGGGUUCACUUUUAAACAUGAAAUAGUCAUUUACAAACGUGCAAUAUAGCUUAACAGACCCCAAAGCCCGCCAAGGGAGUUUGGUUCUUGCUUGUACGGAGAUUCGGUUCUGGGAAAACUUCAGCCGCCAAGAAUUAGGAAGGAAGGAAGGACGGACGAGGCAGCCGAGUUUCCAUCCGCCUCCCGGGCUCCAUCAUGUACAAAUCCUCGACUGUAAUGCAUGCGUUGUGUUGGAGUAGCCGCCCGCGUCCUCGAGAAGCAGAUGUGCCGCGCUUCCAUCCGCUCCCGGGACCUCCCCGCGUCGGACGACAGCUCUGGCCUGCCACCGUGCAACUUGAUCCAAGCGGGGGGCGAUGCGGGCGCAAUAAGACAAAUAGCGGGCUGGACGCGAGUCAGCCUGGACACGAGCAUGUGACUUACGUUAGCCUGUAAAUAAAGACGAGUUGUGUCUGUCUGUGCUGAGAGCAAUGAGCAUCGCAGCCAGUAUGGUUUCAGGUAAAUAAAUUUAUUCUACAAUACAA